AUGUCGAAGUCCACAAUGCGCGCUGUCGUCUUCAAAGGCCCAGGCAAGGUUGUCCUGGAAGACCGACCAUGCCCUAAGAUUCAAGCGCCAACAGACAUCAUCGUCAAGGUGGACUACACCGCGCUUUGUGGUAGUGAGCUGCAUGUGUUCCGCGGCCACCAACCCAGCGGGACCGAUUUCAUCAUGGGCCACGAGUUUACAGGUACGGUGGAGGAGGCAGGCGCAGACGUUAAAACAGUCCAGAAGGGGGACAAGGUUGUGAGUCCCUUUACUGUCAGUUGUGGGGAGUGCUUCUACUGCAAGAAGGGGUUCUCGUCAAGGUGCGAGAAGUGUCAGCUGUUUGGCUGCCCAGCGCUGGAUGGUGCGCAGGCUGAAUAUGUGCGCGUCCCCCUGGCGGACUCAACAGUCAUGAAAGCGCCACCUGGCAUUGAAGAGAACAAGCUUGUGCUCAUGGCCGAUAUUUUCCCAACCGGGUAUUUUGCGGCCGCCAACGCUUUCUCCUCGCUCUCAAAGGAGGACAUUGCGGAUGCUACGGUUGUGGUGAUUGGUUGCGGGCCCGUUGGUCUCUGCGCACUCAUCAAUGCUGUCGACUACAAGCCAAAACACCUGUUCGCUGUCGACAGUAUCGAGAGCCGGCUGGAUCUUGCAAAGAGUCUCGGUGCUGAGCCUCUGAAUUUCCAAACCGACAGGGAGGGGUUGGACAAGAGGAUCAAAGAGGUGACCAACGGCCGCGGGGCUGAUGUCGUCAUUGAGGUGGUUGGGCUGAGCCCCGCAUUGAAAAUGGGUUUCGAGAUUCUCAGACCAUGGGGGAUUCCAUGGACUGGCAAUCAGGCCUACGGCAAGAACCUACGCAUCCAGAUGGGGCGAUGCCCAGUGCGGUCCAUCUUCCCGCAAGCGCUGGAGGCGCUCCAGCGCAAGCAGCACCUGCUGGGAUUCAUGGCGGACAAGAUCAUGCCGCUGUCGGAUGCAGUUGAGGGCUACGAUCUGUUUGAUAAGAUGAAGGCGCAGAAGGUGGUAUUCGCAGCGCAAAAGUAG